AGAUUCAAAACCAGGCCGGCCUUAGCUUGCAUGCAAGCAAAGACAUCUUAUCCGUUACUUGUGUUCCUCUUCCCCCAACAAGUAUCUCUCUUUAACUAUAUUAUGCAUCUCCCUCAAAUAAGCCAUCAAUCCAUCACAAACUCUUUGUUAUUACUAUACAUUGCUGUUCAUAAAACAAGAAUAGCCAACACCAAGCUAGCCAAUUGCCUAUAAAACAUGAGGCAAUAUUCUGCGUCUCGUCGAACUGCUCCAGAUCCUACAAUGCCACCUGUAUUGGUAGAUCCAAGGGCAGAUGCUUGGGAACAUCAAGAGUUAGAAAAAGUCAAAUUGCGGUUUGAGAAGCUGAAUAACAUAAUUGCUGAAUGGGAGGCUGACAAGAAAAACAAAGCAAAACAGCAGUACGAAAGAAUUGAGGCUGAAUUGGAAGAGAAAAGGGCAAGAGCUUUGCAGCAUUACAAGGAAGAGAUCGCAAGGAUAGAAAGCAUAUCAGGAGAAGCAAAAGCUCAAGAGGAGGAUAAUAUGAAAAGGGAAGAGCAGAAGGUGAAGGAGAAGGCUAACCAAUUAAGAUAUACUGGCAGGCUCCCUGAACAAACAUGUUUUAUUUGCUAGCUACAUAUAUACUCUCAUCUAUAUCUCUAUCUAUACACACCAUACAAGUAUAUAUAUCUAUCUAUAUUGAUGCCCAAAAAAAAAAAUAUCUAUCUAUAUUGUG